AUGGUGGUCGCGACAUUGGCAGUAACACAGCCGAGCAUUCUCGGACCUCCGAGCCUAGACUGGACGUGGCUCGAAAGAUGGCGAUCCUCUGGCAGUCUGCGAGGAUCGCAAGCGUUAUUGAUGGGCGAGCAAUCAUCGUCAGCAUCCUCAACAUCUGUCCCGGCAGUGCUUCCACCAGGAUUCCACCGUCCGAGAGGUAAUAUUAGAGGCGGCACGACAACAGGCACUGGAACUGUGGCACAUACAACUGGAAGCACGAUGUUCCUAGAUCCUGAGUCAGGAGCAGCCCCUACGCCCUCCGUGUCCUCAGUAGGUGUUUCAGCAGCAGGCUUUUCAAAAACCAAGACGAAAAUGAUACCAUCGUCCUUCCUUACAACCACAUCGGAGCCUCUGGAGGAGCGCACCCUAUUUCAACUUCCUCCUCGGCCAUCGAGGGGCAGGAUAAGACUGCUACGGACCUCUACUAAACUUGCUAAUGUAAGAACUACAAGAACGUUUACUACAUCAGAAAUAUCGACUUCUUCAUCUUCGACUACAAGAAUCCCAUUCCCAACAAGCUUCGCUGCCUACAAUGCGGAUAAGUUUAUCCCACUGACGCGCUUUCGGCAACAGCAUCGCAGAACGGAAGAUGGGAGACUGUGCGCAGCCGCGUUUAUCCAGGACCAACAACCGUUUACGAAUUGCACUGACAUCGCCGCUCCAACCGCAAACGCAGAGAACGUUGUAGGCAGAGAGUGGUGCUACGUGGAAGCUCAAGUGAUGAAUGAACCUGUGAAUGGUACUCUUCUUGAUGCACUCACGAUUUACCGAUGCAAUUGAUCAUUAUGAAGCUUCAGUUUACGUUCUGAUGUAGUUGGUUUUUUCUUUUCAUUAGACCUAUUUUGCAUGUAGGCUACAGAUAUCACGUUGAAUAUUUGAUCACAGACCUACAACAUAUCCAUUUGGGAAUAGUACUACACAAAUCUAAAAACUGAACCCAAGGUAAAAUGUUACCUAGUUGGGGAUACUGUCAACCAGUGCCGGACUAUGAUGACAUGCGACACGAUCUUGAUACUGAGAAUUUGGCGGCUGCGGAUUUGCCAGAAGGCGUCGAAUUGUCCGAUGCAGAAAUGGAUGCAGCGGGAGAGAAAGCGGCACAGGCGGCGGCGAUGUAGGAAGUAUAAGUAGUUCGUUGUUGUCUGAAAAAAAUAAGGUUGUCUUGGUCUUAAAGAACUAUAGCUACCGGGAGUCCUCAUUGGUAACUGAAAGAAAUUUCAGAACGGUAAAUUGAAUGAAGCACUUCAUUCCGAAGGUGACACUACGAAAAUGAUGAUGCAAUGAAUUCUUACAACUCGAUGUUGUGAAAACUCAGCGAAGAUGAUUUCCUGCUGUCGUGUUCAUCUAGGCAUGAUCCAUCUGCAUCUGUAUAUCCUUCCAUUGAAGAAAUAUCUUCAUCAUGGAGGGUGUAUGACAAUGACAACAAAG